AUGGCAGGAUCACAGCUCAAGCAGUUGAAAUCUGCUUUAAAGGAAAAGGGGCUCAUUGGUCAGACAAACACAAAUAAAAAGAAAAAUGCCAAAUCGAGAACAUCAAGAAGAAAUGAAGUUGAUCGUGAUUUACGACAACAAAAUUUGCAUGAAAUUAGAGAUCAAUUCAACAAGUUUGAUCAAAGAAUUAAUAGAACCAAACAUGAUAUAACGAUAGCCUCGAAGGAUGGGUUUGUUAAAGUUGGAUCUAAGCAGCAUAAUGCCGUCACAGUCAAAAAUGGGGCCAUGCAAAAACAAAUGAAGAUGCAGUAUGACUUGGAAAAGCAGAAACGAGGCAGAAUUGGAGGUGUUUUGGACAAGAGAUUUGGUGAAAAUGAUUCUCACUUGUCUCAGGAGGAGAAAAUGUUGGCGAGGUUUACCAAGGAGAGGCAGGCAGCAGCAGGUAGUGGGAACAAAAAGAAGAAAGGGUUGUACUCGUUGCAGAGUGAUGAUGAGGAUGACGAGGAUGAAGAUGAUGAGGAAGACGAUGGUGGGUUCCAAUUAACCCAUUCAGGUCAAGCCUUGUCAUUAGAUGAUGAGGACACAAUCAAGUACGUCGAUGAGGAUCAAGUACAACAAGAUGAAGCACCACCACGUAAGAAAUCGAAAAAUGAAGUAAUGAAGGAAAUUAUUGCCAAGUCGAAAUACUACAAGCAGCAAAGACAACAAACAUUUGCCAAGACCCAGGAUCAGAUUGAUGCAUUGGAUGACGACUUUGGUGACAUUAUGCAAGAUUUAAGAACAGCUCAAGGUGCUGUUGCUAAACCAGCGUUUCUGCAAAAGGCACCCGAGGAUAUCGAGUAUGAUAGCAAGGUGCGUGAAUUGACAUAUGAUAGAAGAGCUGCCCCGGCGGAUAGAACCAAGACAGAAGAGGAGUUGAAGCGUGAACAUGAAGAGAAGAUGAAGAAAUUGGAACAAGACAGAUUAAGGAGAAUGGAGGGAUUUAAUGAUCGUGAGGCUGAAGCAGAUGACUUGGAUGAUGGUGAUGGAUUCUGGGGUGGUGAUAGUGAAAAUGAAGAGAACGGAUUUAGUAUAAAGAGUGAUGGCGAGGAAGAGGAAGUGGAUGAGGAAAAGUCAGACGAUGAAAGUAGUGGUGCAGAGAACAAGGCAACUAGAUCCAAACCUUCUUCGCAUAAAGCGCAACCUGUCUUGAUGCCUACUUCAAUUGAUGAAUUCAUUGAGCAAAUGAAACCACUCGAGCUGAGUCAACAAGCCAGUCACAUAAAAAAAAUAUGUGAAGCUUAUAAACCGAAUUUGGCAAUGGGAAACAAGGAGAAAAUGAAUCAAUUUGUAUCUAUUCUCUUUGAAUACACCAUGCACUUAAUUGAUAAAUUGCAACCAUUUGAAUCUAUUGUCAAGAUUUUGAAAAAUUUGGCAAAUUCAUAUAACCAAGAACUUGUUGAACGUAUGAGACGUUAUCUUUCCGAGAUUGAAACCAGGGUUCAAGGAGAGACAACUUUGAAACCGAGUGAUUUAAUGUUUUUUGUGAUUGUGGCCAUGUUGUUUUCAACUUCGGAUCAUUAUCAUUUGAUUGUUACGCCUAGUGUCAUUUUAAUGAAUCAAAUCUUGAGUAAUAUCAUUUACCAUCCUCGUGAUGUGCAGCAGUUGGCUCAGGGAGCUUUCCUUGUUGAUGUAUUGUUGCUGUAUCAACGACUUUCUAAAAGAUACGAUCCAGAAUUGGUCAAUUUUAUUGAACAUCUGGUGUUGAUGUUGAUGCCAGAACCGGAAACGUUUGACAUUCCCAAGCUUCUAUCAUUGGCUAAUCCGUCAGUCAAGUUUGAUCUACCUAAAUCGACUAAAUUUGAAAAAGAUCAUCUAAUUUCAAUCACGGACAUUUACGCUACAAUAACAAAUAAUGAGGAGGAUGCAUCUAAAUUCAAAUCAAAACUCCUAAUCAAGCUCAUUAACCUCAUGGAUAAGAGUGUUGGAUUAUGGCGUGAUAAAUCUUCCCUAAUUGAACUUGUCAACUCGUACAUCUCCCUACUCAAACACAUCAUCAAAUACACCACCGUUGAACCAAUCCCGCAACUCCUAACCAAAUUCACCAACUUAGCCACCCAAGCCAAUAAAUCACGUAAACCAUUGACUUUGCAACUGCAUAAAUCAAUCGCCAUUGCUACAUAUGCCCCCAAAUUUGAAGAAAACUUCAACCCCGAUAAGAAAUCUUAUGAUGAGAAUAAGGAUCGUCAAGAAUUGAGCAAGGUUAGACAACAAUUGAAGAAGGAAAAGAAGGCGGCUUUGAAGGAUAUUCGAUACGAGAAUAGAUUUGUUGCUAGGGAACAAAUUGAUGAGAAGAAGAAAAUGUAUGAUGAAUACCAUCGUAAGAUGGCCAAUAUCGUCAAUACUAUUCAAGCUGAUGAAGGUGCCGAAAAGAAUCAAUAUGAGCGGGAAAAGAAGAGACAAAGAAAGUGA